CCGCCUCCUGCUGCCACGCCAUACCGUUCCGGCAUCGCAUCGGCUCGUGGGCUGUCGCAUCACCGAGCUGGGAGGGGCUCCUUGUUUCCACUAUUGGCUGCUAGGCUACAGUAUUACCGAGAGCUUUACGGUAGGGCCACGGCCAGCGACUAUGUGCGCGAGCGGGCUGUCUUCUCAUCUCACUGGAGCGCAGAAUCUGCUGGCUUUCAACAUGAUUUUAAGGCGACUUUAGCGGGUGUUGUUUCUUCUUUUUCUCCAGCAUACAACCUCUAAACCCUGUUUUACCGAAAAAAGAGAUGCGCCCAGAUAAACGCGGAUACAUUGUCCGGACACCACGAAAGGAGGAGAGGAGCAUGUAACCGGGAGAAACGCACCGGCGGCGGCUGCGGCGGCACUACCUGACGCUUCUCUCUCGUGCUCCUUGUUUCCUCAUAAUUUGAGGUUUCUCGUUGUGUUGACUGAACUCUUCUCGUUGUUUUGGAUAUUAUCUUUGGUAAAAUGAACGAAGAAGUGUCAGAGGUCCCCAAAGAGCUCCUGGAGAGUGUGAGGGAUGCAGUGGGGAGGAAGGUGAAGCUGUCGCUGAGAAGGCGAGUCAAACUGGAGAUCAAAGGAGACAAGACGGAGAACAGAGUCCUGGCACUUGCAUCUCACCGAGCCUACCUCCUGACUGCACGCAUUCCCACCAAGGUGGAACACUCCUUUAAUUAUCUGGAGAUCCAGGGGAUUGCUUGUAACAAGCCUACACAGCUGUUCAUAGAGUACGAGCGUGGCUCUUUUUCCCUGAAGCUGCUCUCUACAGAGGAGGUCAAUGACGUGGUCGCUCACAUAGGAAACUGUCUGCUGAGGAUAUGUCCCGGUCUACCACCUAGUAAAGUGAUGAAGAAGCUCUGCAUGGAGCCUCCAGACAGGCUAACCUCUCUACAGACUCUGUGGGAAAACAACAAGCCUGCUGAGCCUGGACCCUGUGGUGGAUUUUCACAGAUGUACAGAUGUGUUUGUGAUUGGUUGGGGCUGCCUUACAAAGAAGAGGUGCAGUGGGAUGUAGACACCAUCUAUUUGACACAAGACACCAGAGAACUCAACUUGCAGGACUUCAGCCAUCUGGAGAACAGGGAUUUGGUGGCUAUAAUAGCAGUCCUGGAGUUUAACCAGUGGUUUACGAAGCUCUCCAUCAAGGACUAUAAACUGUCUGCAGAUGUGUGUGAGCAGAUCCUUCGAGUUGUGUCUCGCUCAAGUCGACUGGAAGAGUUGGUUCUGGACAACGCAGGACUCAAAACGGAUUUUGCCCAGAAGCUGGCUGCUGCCCUGGCCCACAACCCCAGCUCAGGACUCACCACCAUAAAUCUUGCCAACAACCCACUGGAGGACAGAGGUAUCUCCUCCCUGGGUGCUCAGUUUGCCAAACUUCAUAUGGGGCUCAAGCAUUUAAACUUCUCCAAAACCUCACUAUCACCCAAAGGGGUGAACAGCCUUUGUCAGUCACUGAGUGCCAACCCGUCCAUCUCCAGCAGCCUGGUCCAUCUAGACCUCUCAGGGAAUGUCUUCCGAGGAGACGAUAUGCAGCAUUUCUACCACUUCCUGGGUCAACGCAACAACCUGGCAAACCUUGACCUCUCCAACACCGAUUGCUCAUUGGACCAGGUUUGCUCAGCUCUGCUGCGAGGCUCGGUUGAAUACCUCUCUGUUCUUAAUGUGUCGAAGAGCAUCUUCCCUCACAGGAAAGGCAAAGAGGUGCCCCCGUCGUUUAAGCACUUCUUCAGCAGCGCCAUGUCUCUGAGCUCCAUCAACGUUUCAGGGACUAAGCUGCCGCCAGAGGCCCUCAAAGCUCUCCUGCUUGGCUUGGCCAGUAAUCUCAACCUGAAGGAAGUGUCUCUCGACCUCAGCUGCUGUGAGCUUGGCCAUUGUUUGCGAUCAGGAGGUUCUCAGAUCCUUGAAGGUUGCAUUGCAGAGAUCCCAAACAUCUCCAGCCUAGACAUCUCUGACAACGGCCUGGACUCCGAUCUGUCCACCCUGCUGGUGUGGUUGGCUAAGAACCGAUCCAUCAGACACCUGUCUCUGGGCAAGAACUUCAACAACAUCAAGUCCAAAAACCUUGCUCCAGUGUUGGACAGCCUGGUCCACAUGAUUCAGGAAGAGGAGUCGCCCCUCACCUCUCUGUCUCUAGCAGACUCCAGACUGAAGAGUGAUCUGACCAUCGUUUUGAACGCUCUUGGCAGCAACUCCUCUCUAACCAGGUUAGACAUCAGCGGACGCCAUGGGAGACAUGGAGCCAAGAUGUUGGCCAAGGCGCUACAGAUCAACUCCAAACUCAGGACUGUGUUUUGGGAUAAAAACAACACCGGCCCUCAGGGUCUUCAGGAUGUAGCAGCCGCUUUGGAAAGUAAGAACUUCACCAUUCGUUUCAUGCCCAUUCCCAUCAUCGAUGCCUCCCAGGCUCUGAAGGCCAGCCCUGAGAAGACAGAGGACGCCUUGCUAAAGAUUGAGAAUUAUCUGUACAGAAACCAUGAAACCAGAAAAUACCUACAGGAACAAGCCUAUCGGCUGCAGCAAGGCAUCGUGACCACAACCACACAACAGAUGAUUGACAGGAUUUGUGUGAAGGUGCAGGACCACCUGAACUCUCUGAGGAACUCAGAGACAGACGCCAUCUUGGAGGACGUUAGGUCAGCAGAGAACCUGAUCAAAGAUGCCAGGAACUCAAAAACGCUGCUCCCUAACCUCUACCACCUAGGAUCAGCUGCCAGAGAGGAGGUGAACAGCUCGUCAGCCGGACCUAUCCAGGAGAAACUGGAGUCUAUGGCUGGGGAGGUGACUACUGUCAUGGACCAACAACUACAGACCCUGUUGGAGUCGAUGGUGGAUGCAGCAGAGACUCUGUGUCCCCAUGUGAUGAAGAGGAGUAGUCUUCGUCCAGAGCUAAUGAAGGCCAGUUCAGCUAAGAUGGUUGUACCCAAAAGCUUUGUCACCAAAACCCUCCUGGAGCAGUCUGGGGUGGAUAUUAUCAACAAGAUCAGUGAGGUGAAGCUGAGUCUAGCGUCCUUUCUGUCCGAUCGCAUUGUUGAUGAGAUUUUGGAGGCUCUUUCCACUUCGCAACACACUCUGGCAGACCAUCUGGUGAGGCGAGGUCGCCCCUUGGUGCAGCAGGAGUCGGUGGAUCUGGACGUCCCAGAAGAGAAGAUUCCUAAACGGGCAUCGACCGAGCUCCUGGAGGCUGAGAGGCUGGAGGAUCUGGAGACAUGCAUGAUUUUGUGCUGCACCAGUGUGACUCCUAAAUCCAAGAGGAAGAGCAUCCACAGCAGAAUGCUUCGGCCCGUGUCUCGUGCCUUUGAGAUGGAGUUUGACCUGGACAAGGCCCUGGAGGACGUCCCUGUCCAUGUGGAGGAUCCUUUAUCCCAAACUCCACCAACUCCAUCUCAUGUCAUGCCAAAACUGGAGCACCGAGCGCCAGGAGGGAUGGUGGAGCUACCGUCUGAGGAGGAAAAAAAGCUGCAGCACUUCACUAAACUGCGACCCCGCAGGAACAAGAAAACACAUUCCAGCAAAAUACCUCAAAUCAACAGUACUCCAUCUCAGGAUGGGGAGCAGAAUGGCCUCAUGGGAAGGGUGGAUGAGGGUGUGGACGAGUUUUUCUCUACAAAGGUCACCAAGAUGGAUUCCAAACGUUACAAGAGUUCAGAAUCUCAGGAUGGAGAAAAGAAGAAGAGUAAAGGAGGAUUCCUUAACCUCAUCAAACGUUCCGCCAAAUCUGACAAAGCAGAUAAGUCUGAUAAAUCGGACAAAUCUGAUAAAUCUGAUAAAUCUGAUAAAUUGGACAAAUCAGAUAAAUCUGAUAAAUUGGACAAAUCUGAGAAAUCUGAGAAAAACCAGGCGACCCCUCCAGCUUCAGGUCCAUCCUCAGCCUCUGUAGCCUCGAUGACGGCUUUCAUCCCUGAGGACCCCUCUUCACCAAAGGUGGCAGUAAAGAGCCCAGCGCCUGAGCCAAAGUCCAGAGACGCCUCCAGCCGCUCGCAGCCCACAGACCACAGCAGCAGCUCAGACCGCUCAGAGGAGCUGAGGACGCCAGACUCUAUAGACGAGCCCUGGGAGAGUUCAGACGGCCGAGGCAGUCCUCAGGGAGGCAGGCGGUACCCAGGGUUGCAGAUAAUGGGCAGCGGCCUUCUGGCCGAGAUGAAGGCAAAGCAGGAGAGGAGAGCACACAAGUCUUCCAGCCCUGACAAGCCUGACAGCAAUGCAGCAGCAGCCAAGUCUCAGCCCACCAUUCCAGAAAGUAGGUCUUCUAGUGGCUCAAUUCAUAAAUCCGACCCUUCAUCUGGUUCUCCAGAGAAGAGCCCUCCUCGUGGCGAGACUAAGCCUGACCCAGCCCCUCGUCUAAGGGCUACAUCCUCCUCAAGUUCGCCUGGGGGACCAGUGAGUCCCAAACCCCCGGUGCCACAAGGAGGGAAGCCUGCUCUGGCUGCCCGACCCACCAUCCCACUGAAGCCAAGGACCAGCAGUAACAGCAGGAGCAUAGAUGAGAGCUCAGAUUCCCCCAGCAGUGGCAGCGUGUCCCCUAAGGUCACAGUUCUUCCUCCCACGCUGAAGAGGACGGUGUCAGAGAAAGACAAAGAGGGCCAGACCGGUCUGCAGUCAGGAGGCUCUGCCAACAAAACCACUCAGGAUGUGAGGACGGGGUCUGUGUCAGACUCUGUUCAGCGACCCAGCCGUCUCCGCACCAACUCUGAGGACCAUAGCUCCUCUAAGACCAAGGGCCAAUCUCCAAACCCUGACAAGGCUGUGCGCAAGAAGUCCUCAGACUCUGUGGAGGAGGCAGACAAGGACUUUAUUUUAAUAUAAGUAGGAGAAAUUCACAGCAAAUAACUGUUGCUCACACUUUGACAUUAGUAAACAACUAAGCAAGAUUAAAAUCAAUAUGUUUUCAUUUAUAUUAGAGGUUGUACCUGUACGUUCCGUCUGACCGCAAAGAGGACCUGCUUUAUCAGGUAAUACAAAGUUUCAAGUUCAAGUUAGUUUGGUUAUCUGUGAUGGAAAAUAUUGAUACUAACACUUGAAGGAAUAAAUCCUCAGUUUUUCAGUUGUAUUUCACCUAGUAAACCAAACUGUGCUAAGUUUCCUAAGAGCUUCCUUCUCUCUCACAAACAGACUUUCUCCUUUCAUUCCUAAUCUUUGCUGUCAGGUAAAAAUCUCAUGGAAUUGAAGAAAUCGUUCCUGGGUUGAACAUGCGUAUUCUGCCAAUGAAUACUGCCACCUGAAUGGAGUUUGUAAACCACUUAAAAGAAAAAAUAAAAGAGAGAGGAUUUCAGGAACCAGCCAACUUUAUGUGCAAAAGACAGAGAGAGACUGGGAAACUGAGUGUACUACUAAUCUAAAGUGUUGUUGCUAUUUGUUGCAGUAGCUUGUCUCCCAGGGACCAAACACAUGUAACAGUAAUACCAGGAUCACUGUACUGUACAUACGACCAGGACCCAAUGGCAUUUUGUUCCUUCAGUAUAUUUGUAUAGAUUUUUCUAUAUGCUAUUUUCAGUAUGUGCAAGUUACCUUUCUUCGGACUUCAGAGGUGACUGAAUCCAUUAUGCAAUUCAUCUUUAUUUUUAGGUAAAUACAGGUUCAGCUGAGAAUCUCAGCCCUCCAUGAAUCACAAAUACACAUUUGAUGUAGCUUGGUCACUCAGAGGAAACUGAACUAGUUAACGACCUUAUCUAACAUCCCAACUGAACUCUUGUCUGUCUUGUGUGGGAGUGUUGGCUGUGGUACACUUUAACUUCACUGUUGAUAACCAAUCAAUAAGGCUUCAGCACUGUUAACUAACACUGUUCUCUGUGUUUAGACACUGUGGG